CCUUCUCUCUACUCUCCAUAGGUUUUUUGUCAGUCAGAUGGUUCGAAGAUCAUUUUGAUAAAUAAAUUUAUUAACUUUUUCCAAACCUAGAUAUAUAGAAAUAAUGAUACGAGCUAUCCUAAUCGAUCUAAGUGGUACACUUCAUAUUGAAAACCAAGUUAUUCCUGGGGCAAUAGAUGCUUUGAAUAAAUUACUCGUUACAGGCUUGAAAGUAAAAUUUGUUACAAACACUACAAAAGAAAGCAAAAAUUUCCUUCACAAUCGUCUGACAAAGAUUGGUUUCCAUUUAAAGAAAGAAGAUAUAUUUAGUUCCUUAGCUGCUGCUCGAAAUCUGUUAGAGUGUAGAAAAUGGAAAUCCUUAUUACUUCUGUCACCUGAAGCAUUGGAAGAUUUCGAAGGUUUAGGGUGUGAGAAAGAAGAGAACCCAAAUGCUGUUCUUGUUGGCCUAGCUCCAAAUGAAUUUCAUUAUGAACGUUUGAAUGAGGCCUUCAGGUGCCUGCUGAAUGGGUCUCAAUUAAUCGCUAUUCAUGCAGGAAAAUAUUACAAAACAGAAAGUGGACUCUCUUUAGGUCCAGGAUGUUUUGUGAAAGGUUUAGAAUAUUCAGCUCAAUGUAAAGCAGAAAUUGUGGGGAAGCCAACAAAAGAAUUCUUUCUUGCUGCCUUGGAUGAUAUUCCACCUCAUGAAGCUGUAAUGAUUGGUGAUAUUCUGCAUGGCACUUCAUCACCUUACCUGAGAAAAUUCAUUAUCUAUGGAUGGAAAGUGCAUGGUUAUCCAACAAGAAACAAUUGUAAUAUAUACAUUAGGAAAACAUGCAAAGCUGCUGCUAUGAUUUCUAUUUUCUUCAAGGGAUUUGAUUUGUUCGAUAGAUUGCCUGUGGAUAUUAAGACCUCUUGCUCCAUUUCUUCGUUCAGAGUGAAUUUAUCCCGUCAUCUCAGAAGUGGACACAGUUGGGAAGGAUAAUUAGACUAAAUGGGAUUUCUUUCUUCUUUUUUUGCUGUUUAUGGAGUUGUGGUUGAUGAUUUCUUUUUUUCUUUAAACUUUGUUGAAACAUUAGGAGCCUUUAAACAUUUUCACGAUAAUAUUUCGAGUGUAUUACUGUUUAUUUUAGAUUACUGUUUGUAUAUUAGGGUUACCCUAUUUGAGAAAUAAAGUUAUUAUAAGUUAUCAUA